GUGUGCUUGUCUACACGGCUACGUGCCAUCUCAAUAAUACAUUGAAUAGUGUUUCACAGAAACCCAAGAGGCCACAUAUAUUUAUGUUAUUAUGAUGAAUAUGAAGCAACAACAAAUGUUCACAAACACCAAUUGGGAAGUUGGGACAGCCAUGGAAGACCAUAUCCUCCACCAUCAACUUCCCUUUGAUGCACUAACUAAUUGGCCUCUCAACUACCCCCUCCAAAAUCAUCAAAUUCCUUCUUCUUCUUCCUCAUCAACCCAAUUACCCACCUCCUCCGGUCACUUACUCUCUGGUGAUCAAAUGGAAAAUCAUCAUCCUCAUCAUCAUCAUAUGGAAGAAGAAAGAGAAGGAGAAAGGGAAGAAGAAGAAGCGGAAGAAGAAGAAGAAGAAGAAGAGCCAGAAGAAGAAGAGCUAGGAGCCAUGAAAGAGAUGAUGUACAAGAUUGCUGUGAUGCAACCAGUGGACAUAGAUCCUGCUACAAUUCGAAAGCCGAAAAGGCGAAAUGUGAGAAUCAGUGACGACCCUCAAAGUGUAGCCGCAAGACACCGGCGAGAGAGGAUAAGUGAGAAAAUCCGGAUUCUGCAAAGGCUUGUCCCCGGCGGAACCAAAAUGGACACUGCAUCCAUGCUUGAUGAAGCAAUUCACUAUGUCAAGUUCCUUAAACGCCAAAUUCGACACCUUCAAUCCAAUCACCACCCUCCUCCACCACCACUACCACCACCAUCUAUAGGAGAAUAUUGGGCAGUUGCACUACCCAACAAGGCAAUUGGGUCUACCACCUCCCUGGAACCUCCUUAUCCUCCUGAGACACCCGGAUAUGACUUCAGAAGCUCCACCACCAUCGUCACUGCCACCGCCACCACCACUGGUGAUCCUACAUGCUUUAAACUUAACUACUUAAUUAAUUAGUGUAUAAUAUCAGCAAGUGGGUAGUGAUUAUUGUGUGCUUUAUUGGGAUAAUAAUGAUUUAUAUUGUGCUUGGUGAUUAUAUAUUUCAAUUUUAAGGGUUUGUUAUUUUAUGUUGGGGGGUUUCAUCACUCAUGUGAACCAAAAGGUUUGUUAGGAUUGUGUUGACUAAAACGCUUCCGAAUAAUCAUAACGGUUAUCUUGAGUUACGUACAUCCACAUCUCUCUCUCUAUAUAUAUAUUAAAGUAAUAAUAAGGGGUAUGAGUCCUUGCCGGAAAGUUAGUUUGGC